GCUUUCAUGGCCCUUGCGUUGCGUCUCAAGGUUUUCGUUCCACUCCAAGUCAACAUCGCACCGCUCCCUAAAACAUCUCCCCUUUAUUUCCUAUAUAAACCCCCUUUCUCCCAUCCCUAUGUCACAAGCCAUCUAGCAUUAAACGCACCACCCGCUUUGUGUUACCCUUUCUUCAAAAUGGCAAAGCCAUCCUUUUCUGCAACUUCCCUUAUGCUCUUUGCCUUCAGUUUCUUCCUGCGUUGCGCCUUUGGCGACUAUGGAGGAGGAUGGCAAGGCGGUCAUGCGACAUUCUACGGUGGUGGUGACGCUUCUGGCACGAUGGGAGGUGCUUGUGGAUAUGGCAACUUAUAUGGCCAAGGCUAUGGGACUAACACUGCAGCACUUAGCACUGCAUUGUUCAACAGUGGCUUGAGCUGCGGUUCCUGCUACGAAAUGAGGUGUGCCGGAGACCCCAAAUGGUGCCUCCCCGGAACCAUUACCGUGACGGCGACCAACUUCUGCCCCCCGAACUUUGCUUUGUCCAAUAACAAUGGUGGGUGGUGCAAUCCUCCUCUCCAACACUUCGACAUGGCCGAGCCGGCCUUCUUGAAAAUAGCUAAAUAUCGUGCUGGUAUUGUCCCAAUUUCGUCCAGAAGAGUCCCCUGUAUGAAGAAAGGAGGAAUCAGGUUCACAAUCAAUGGCCACUCUUACUUCAACUUAGUCCUAAUCACAAACGUGGGUGGUGCCGGAGAUGUCCAUUCUGUGUCGAUCAAAGGCUCUAGAACUGGAUGGCAAGCAAUGUCAAGGAACUGGGGCCAGAACUGGCAGAGCAACACCUAUCUCAACGGCCAAAGCUUGUCAUUCCAAGUCACCACAAGCGAUGGCAAGACUUUAACAAGCAACAAUGUGGUGCCGGGGACUUGGCAGUUUGGACAAACAUUCGAGGGUAGUCAGUUUUAAGAGUUUCAGCCUGUAGUAGCCAUUGUUACGAGUUUAAGAGAGAGGUUCGGUCCCAAGUGGCUGACUAUUGCUGUGGUGGUUUAUUUGGCACCCGCUAGGCCUACAUGUAUUUUUAAAAUCAUUGAAGGGUCGUGUGAGCUAUAGUUUCAAGUAAACGGAGGAUAUUACAUUGUUUUGGCAAUAGAACUUGUAUGUCAACCAA